AUGGCUGAACCCAUUGAGGUGACCGAACAGAAUUGGGACUCCGAAGUUCUCAAGUCCGAUGUCGUCGUCAUGGUCGACUUCUGGGCUGAAUGGUGCGGCCCCUGCAAGAUGAUCGCUCCGUCGGUUCACGAUAUGGCGGUCGAGUAUGACGGCAAGCUGACCGUAGGCAAGCUGGACGUCGACAGCAGCCCCAGCGUGGCGAUGCAAUACGGCGUGCGCAGCAUACCGGCCCUCAUUUUCUUCAAGGGCGGCCAGCCCGUUGACCAGAUUAUUGGCGCAGUGCCCAAGGGCGCCCUGAAGAAGAAGAUCGACGCCGUUCUCGGUAGCUAG